AAAAUUCUUCACAUCAUGUUUCUAUUUUACCUCGACAAUUUGCUUUACUUUGCCGCGAUCUUAUAACGAAACGUCUUAAUUGCGUGUUCAAUUAAUUGCUCGCAUAAGGAAAACCUUGAAAGCCAGCUUUAUUAUACGCUUAUAGCAGGUGAUAACUUCUCCCGUAUUAGCAUACAACGGUACGGCUUCAAAAAGCUAAGCGUGUGCGUAUCCUUGUAUCGUAUCCAUUAUACAUUAUGUGUUACUGCAAGUGGGCAAAUGUCCUUAACCGUACUUAUGUGUGGACCUUUUUUGAGCUGUAGCCUGCUUCUUAGAAUGAUCUGAUGCUCGUCAUGAGCGUCAGGGUUCGUAAAAUAAAUAAGAGCUUUUAAUUUAUUUGCUCUUCAAUGGAGGAUCCGUUUGAACGAUGAAGUUGUCGGGAAGUACAAAAAAAUUAUUUAUACGAGUUGUACUUUUUCUUUUGUAUAUUGUGCUUGGGGCAGCGAUUUUUGUUGCUCUCGAGAAGAACAAAGAAGCUUUGGAAAGGAAAAAGGCAAAAGACUUUGUCAACCGGGGAGUUCACGUCGUCAAUGUAUCCUUUAACAACUCAGAAGAUCUGAAAAAGUUUUUGCUUAGAUUUCAGCAUGCUUUACAUUAUGGUUAUAACAUUGAAUCAAAAAACUUCAAAGGAGAGAAGUGGACAUAUUUGAAUGCGUUUUAUUUCGUCGGUAAUAUCGUUACAACUAUAGGUUUUGGUCACAUGUCUCCUGAAACAGAUGGAGGAAGAUUAUUUUGCAUUGUAUUUGCCUUAUUUGGUAUUCCUUUAACAGCCCUGAUGCUACGUUCAGUUGGUAACCGAAUCUCCGAAUGGAUCAUUAUAAUGAUCAAACAAUUUGAUCGACGCGUUUAUAACCGUGAAGCAGAAAACGCUGAGUUGAAAAGUGCUGUUAUUGCUUUUUGCCUUUUAUGGUCAAUUAUAUUGCUACCUGCUAUUGCAUUUUCCAAAAUUGAGAAAGACUGGGGAUAUUUGGGCUCUGUGUAUUAUUGUUUUGUUACAUUUUCCACAAUCGGUUUCGGGGAUCUUGUUCCUACAGCGUUACGAGAGCCAAGUAAAGUUGAAUCACAGGUGUUCGUUGAGUUCUCAGAUUUGUUAUAUCUCGUAAUCGGUCUCGCAAUAAUGUCUAGUGUUGUUGUCGCGAUAUCAGGGGUCAUCGAGAACAAAACACAAAUGCUGGUAGAUCCUAUGGAAGCGUUUCGAAGAAUUGACAUGGACAACCUUAACUCAGUUGCCGUAAAAAAACUGGGUUUAAAAAUAAACAGACCUGAUAAUUUGAAUGUACGUAAUGGAACUGAAGCUCAGAAAGCCAACGAUAUUCCAAAUGGUGCAACAAAUAGACGAGGAGUUAAAUUUCCCAACUGGUAUCAUCAAAGAUUGCAAGAACGGCAUAGCUCUGAUAGAAUAGAUCACGUUGGACCCGCGCUAGUCAUCAGUAUUGCAAAACAAAAAACAUCUAGAAGUAACGACAAUUCAAGAUCUAUGAUGAAUAGUACACUUGUAAAAACUGAAAACUUGGAGACCAUUGUUUCAGUAAAAGCUGAUUCUUCCAUAUGCUGUCACAGUACAUCUCCUCUACCCCCUCCGGUUUUCAAAUCCAACAAAGUCACCCCAACGGAAGAUAUGCCUGUUGGUACUAAGAACGGCAUGGUUAACGGAACUUUUGAAACUCUUGAUGAAUUAGCAGUACAGACAACGGAAGCUGAUUUCGAGAGCGACAACGAGGCUAGCAAGAUAAGCGAGUUAAUGAAUGUGUCUAGUGCAACAGAAGAAUAUGAGUUACGGAAUGAGUCUGAAAUAAUGAAUUUAAAGACAGAUGUAUCGUUCAAAGUAGAGAAGGCUUAAAAGUUCAAAAAAGAAACGGUUUGAAAUAAAUCACCCACAAGCAUGGACCCUUGCUUGCGUUUAACAGUUUUUUUAGUAUAACGAGGAUUACAUUUAUAAUGGUCAUCUUUUAUGAAAAAUUCUAUGUUUUGGCAACUUCAGUUUCUAUCGGUCACAUCUUAGCAAAAUAAAAUAUAUCCUCGACACAUUACGCACGAUAAUGAAUGAAUGCGCUGUGAUAAAUGAACAUACAGCACUCUAAAGAUUUCGGUCCAUCUAUCUUCAACUGUGCGAGCUGAUAACAUCAACAGUCCCAAAAAAAAUUAAGGGAAAAUGAAGAGAUCGUAUCAAUCAAUAUUCGUCUGCUUUCAUGUACGCUGAUAUUGAGUGAGAACAAAUAUUUUGGAUAAAGCAUCAUCAUUUGAAGGAAAAAAAAAGUUGGCAAAAGCUAAAAAAACAAGAUAUGAAAAAUGUUACUCGGCGUAUGGUUGAUUAGCAAACAAUGACUACAAGUUUCAAUAGAAAGUUAUCAUAAAAAAAUCAUUCUGAAAAAAUAAUAUCAAAAAAAGAAACUUUAUGAAAAACAUACAAGUGACAAAAAUUAUAUUUGCCAGCGUCUUGAGAUCGAGUUUUUUGUACUGUAAACUUUUUCUUAAAAAGAAAAGUCACUGAUUAUGAAAAAACUAAACUAUCAAUGUUAUAUGUAGAAAAAGAAUUUUUGACAAAAUUGAGCAUUGAGAGAAUGUAAAGCAGUUGAUCUUUUUUGCAACUGAUGGCUAAAAAAAUUCUUGUAAGAUAAUUGAGGACGUCAAAAUAUAUCUACAACAUGUACACAAGAAUAAAGAGUUAUCCAAAUAACAUUUAGCAUAAAUGAUCACUAAAUAUCGUUGUACAUAGCUAUUUAUUCAAGUACACGUAUUAUUAAAUUAUAAUAUACUAGUUCAAUAAUAAAUAGACAAUGUUGAAAAAACAUCUUUGCAAUAAAAUAACAAGCUUAAAA